AUGAUACAGGACAGUUCGCGCUCUACUGCUAACGUUCAAGAGCAGAGAGACGCACAGGACGUGGCGGGGAAGGAAAGAUCCCUUGGAUGUCACGAGGUUGGGGAAGAAUCCCAAAUGGCAAGUUCGUGCGGUGGUGUUUCCCAGACCUCAACUUUCUCCAACAUUGUCCAGCAUGUAGUGGGUUGUUCAUCUAUUCUUGACACCGACGCUGGAAGAUCUCAGAUGGACAACAUUGCUAACCAUGAUGGUUCUCUCACGGUGCCGUGCCCUCCACAACAUCACCGUAACGAGGAAGCCGAAAUAACGUUGUCUCCUACGAGGAAUUUUCCUACGGAAGUUCAGCCGAUGCCAGCAUCAAAGACUACCAGAGCUCGACUGGCCACUACCCAGGAAUCCUUAUUAUUCCCUCGACUCCGAAAUUCAAAACGCAAGGUUUAUACCGCCCAUUCAAAGGCAGAGGUCGACUGGGAUGAAGAUCUUCGGCCAAGCGACGACGAUGGUGGUGCAGCAGUUCAAGACAGCCUUGAGGUAACAUCUGUCUCAUCCCCUAUCAGUACAGCCAAUGAGAAAAUAAACUUCUCGGGAAAGAAGAAACCCCAGCCAAGAGGUUCGAAUGGGAAAAAGCGUGCAAUGAAUUCUCAAAGGAAGACCAAUUCUACGAAGAGAAAGCGCAAAAGUUCCCCUGAAGCCUUGCGUACGCGUGGUGGAAGGGCCAAGAAAUCCAAGCACGAAUCAGUCCAGAAGAACAACAUAUGCCAGAAAGAUGACGCAGAUUGUUCCGAAAAAGCAAAACCUAGUGCGUCGGAUAUAGAAAAUGCAGAUGUUCCUGUCCCUGAAGAUAGCAAGGGUCAAGAUCCACUAAAUGAUGGCUCAAUUUCGGCUGCAGAAGACAGCGAACUUUCCCAGUCACCAUUGACCAGAAUAUUUCAGAUUUCGGAAGAGGAUAGCACCGCAGUAUUUGAUAAAGCUCCCUCUUCUGAUUUUGAAAAUAUCUCUAGACCUCCUUCCCCUUACGUCAACGAAGUGGGCAGUGCCACAAGUGAUCAUGCUCCAAUACUUAGGUCAGAAAGCAGUAUCACUAAUACAUCGAGCCUUUCCCAAGCGCAUCUUAGUGUUCAAAAUCUGGAGCAAAGGGGUGUUGGUCAGGGAAAGUCUAUUGGACGGAAACUAGCUGCCGCACUUUGCAACGCGGACUUGGUUUCCCAUGAUACUCCAUCCAAAAAUGUGAGAAACCUCACUAACCAUACUCCACUUCACACUGUGAAUCAACCAGAGAGCCUGCGUAUCGACGAGUCUUCUCAGAGACUACAAAAUCCUCCUGUGCCACCCGAAGCUUUGAGUCAGAAGGAUAUCUCUGGAGAGUCCUUAGGGCUUAUUGCAGUAGACAUGACAUGCGAAGAGCAUCAAGAAAACAGUACACGCUCUAUAAUUACGAGAAUGGCUACAGAUAUCACGAUGCAUGAUCUUCCAGUUGACUUCCAGAGUCCAAUUAUAUUAGGGGAGUCCCGACAGUAUCCCGAGGACAAACCCAGUGAUUCGAUUUUCGAAAAGGAAGAUGCUAAUAGUCGGUGGAGACAAAAGAGAGCCACUAGUUACCACGAAUUUGAUAACUCGCUAUCGAAGAAAACAAGAGCUGUUUCUUUCAUCGAGCCCGAUUGUCCGAAAGAGGAACAAACCACAAUGACUGCUAUGCCACUGGAAGGGUCCCCAUCGACAAAUGACGAUUCCCUGAAACAUGGACUACAGACAGUUUCGGAAGCCAAAUGUUCGUGGGCAAUAGAGAAGGAUCGCCAUUUCAACUCGCGAAAGCCCGGCUUCAAUACUCCUCGUUCUCAGCAUGCAGCAAAUGCUACUGCCGCCUUGGGUCACCAAGAGUCCCCAACGUCUUCCACAAAGCCUCCAAGGCCACAUCGAAAAAACACCAUAGUUGAUGUAAAUGGAAGUCCACGUCUGGCUUCUCGAAUGGGAAAGAUGAGCCUCAGAGACAGUGGAUGUAAUACUGAUGACAAAGCAGAUGGCGACGAGCUUGAGAAUACUAUUAUCUCGAUUGGAGAAGAUAGCGAUGAGUCAGAAUACGACGACAGCUGCUCCUCAAUUCGCUCUACCAAUGUCGCCGCGGCUGGGAAUCAUGUCUCCUUCAUCCAGCGUCUCAAGGCAUGUAUGAAGACAGCAGCUGAUCUGCAUUUUUCUCCGCAGAAUGAGUCUGUUUCUAGACAGCAACCUAUUGGUAUGACGACUGUAAACAUGGAGACAAAUUUCCAACAGGAGCUUCCACAACGAGAUUCCCAAGCUCCAAGUACUCCGUCAGCAGAAAGGCGAAACCCGAUGGGUUGGACCCCUGUAUUUGCAGACUCCACAACACUGAUCGAGAAGGAUGAUGACGAUGAUGACAUGGAAUGGCAAGUAUCCUUGCAAACACCGCAGAAGAAAGCACAUGACAUGUUGGUCAACACAAGUAAGCUUCUCAUGCACCACCUCGAUGAUGAAAGAAGCUCGAUUAGCAGGGUAUUGGAGAUCUACCGGAAGGGAUGUCACAGCGCACUUGAUCAACUAUUCGAGGCGCAGGCGGAACGGAUCGAGUUAUAUAAGCAGCAGAUGGCCGUUGCCCAGAAGCAUCAUACGGAUCUUAGUCGAGAUCUCAUCCAUCGUCUGGAAGAAGCCGACAAACGAGUUCAACAGAGACUAUCAUUUGAGAUGCUGACGCAGGGCAUGGAUGAGCGGAAGAAGAUCUGGUUCCGCGCGGAAGACAUGAUAAAUCGAUACAACAGUGCCCUCCAAGCCGAAGAUUCUACGGAUUGA